GUCAUUAUAUGAUUCUAUUUAUAGCAGUCUGCUCUCCUAGCCUUUUUGCGUUUCGCUUCAUCGCCAUUUUCGUUUCAGAAAUGGCGACUCUCAUUGCAGGGACCCCGUGGAUUUUUGUCUCAGCUGCUUCAUUAUGUUUAAGUUUCAGUGGUCCUUUAACACUUAACUGUAAUUUAGUUACACAGGCACUAACUUGGUUGGAUAGUGUCAUGAAGGUUAGCUGGAAAUUGGAUACACUUGGAGAUUUUGUUAUAAUGAGGAGCAAUGGGCAACCUGUUUACAACUUUUGUGUUACAGUUGAUGAUGCUACCAUGGCUAUUUCACAUGUUAUAAGAGCGGAAGAGCAUUUACCUAAUACUCUAAGGCAAGCCUUAAUAUACAAGGCUCUUGGAUUCCCAAUGCCUUUUUUUGCCCAUGUUUCUUUGAUUCUUGCACCCGAUAGGAGUAAACUGUCAAAACGCCAUGGUGCAAGUGCAACUUCUGUUGGUCAGUUCAGAGAGAUGGGAUAUCUGCCUCAGGCAAUGGUGAAUUACUUGGCACUUUUAGGUUGGGGUGAUGGAACUGAAAAUGAGUUUUUCACAAUUAAGCAACUUGUUGAAAAGUUCUCAUUUGGUCGUGUGAACAAAAGUGGUGCUGUUUUUGACUCUACCAAGUUAAGGUGGAUGAAUGGUCAGCACUUAAGAGCACUUCCCUUUGAGGAGUUGACCAAGCUUAUUGGUGAGCGCUGGAAGAGUACUGGUCUUCUCACAGAAUCAGAAGGGCCAUUAAUAGAUGAGGCAGUUCAGCUGCUUAAGGAUGGGAUUGACUUGGUAACAGAUUCAGAUACAGCACUCUCAAACUUGCUGUCUUAUCCUUUGCAUGCUACCUUGUCAAGCCCUGAAGGUAAACCUAUUGUAGAAGACAAGCUUCCAGAGGUUUCUGCCAGCCUCUUAGCUGCCUAUGAUAGUGGUGAACUCCUUGGUGCAUUGAAAGAGGGCCAUGCUGGCUGGCAGAGGUGGGUAAAGGGCUUUGGCAAAACUCUGCAGCGCAAGGGGAAAUCACUUUUUAUGCCCCUGAGGGUGUUACUAACAGGAAAACUCCAUGGCCCUGAUAUGGGUUCCAGUAUAAUCCUAAUCCAUAAAGCUGGAAAACAUGGUGUUGUUUCUCCUCAAGCUGGCUUCAUGACACUGAGAGAAAGGUUUGAAGCGUUGAGACAACUUGACUGGGAAGCACUUAACCAGGAUCAGCCUGCUUUGGAGUCUGCGGCUACUAUAUCAAAUUAA